AUGGGUGUUCCAGCGCUCUUCCGCUGGCUGUCCAAAAAAUAUCCGAAGAUCGUCAGCUCCGUCAUCGAGGAACCUGGCUACGAGAUCGAUGGCGUUCAUUAUCCCCCUGACACCACCAAGCCAAAUCCUAAUGGAGAAGAGAUGCACAAUCUGUACCUUGAUUUCAACGGUAUCGUGCAUCCGUGCUCUCACCCUGAGGGCAAGCCUGCACCUUCCACCGAGAGUGAGAUGAUGAUGGAAAUCUUCAAGUAUACUGACCGUGUCGUCAACAUGGUCCGACCCCGCCGCCUGCUCAUGAUCGCAAUUGAUGGCGUUGCUCCGCGUGCCAAAAUGAAUCAACAACGUGCCCGUCGAUUCCGAUCUGCCCGAGAUGCGAAAGAGGCAGACGAGAAGAAGGCCGAGUUCUCAGCUCUUCUCCGUCGACAACAAGGUAACGGAGCUGAUGACGCCAACUCUGAGGAAGAAGUCAUUAAGAAAACCUGGGAUAGCAAUGUCAUCACGCCUGGCACUCCCUUUAUGUUCAUUCUCGCUCAAUCUGUUCGUUACUGGUGCCAAUGGAAGCUCAACACCGACCCAGCGUGGGCUGACCUCAAGGUCGUCAUCUCUGACGCCAGUGUACCUGGUGAAGGUGAGCACAAGAUCAUGCAAUUCAUCCGCUCUCAACGUUCCGACCCAGAGUAUGACCCCAACACUCGCCAUGUCAUGUAUGGUCUGGAUGCCGACUUGAUCAUGCUUGGUCUUGCAACUCAUGAGCCUCAUUUCCGUAUUCUCCGAGAAGACGUUUUCUUUCAGGAUGCCAAAGCCAAAACCUGCAAGCUGUGCGGUCAACCAGGGCACUAUGCGGACCAGUGUCGAGGCACCCCCAAACAAAAAAGUGGAGAACACGAUGAGAAAGCUGCCAAACCCGAGCAGAAGCCUUUCAUCUGGCUUAGUGUUUCAAUCUUGCGUGAGUAUCUGUCAGCAGAGAUGUUUGUGCAGGGCCAACAAUUUCGCUUUGACUUGGAACGUGCUAUCGAUGACUGGGUCUUCAUGUGCUUCUUCGUCGGAAACGAUUUCUUGCCCCAUCUCCCCAGUCUGGACAUUCACGAGGAUGGCAUUGAUAAGCUCAUUGCCAUUUGGCGAGACAACUUGCCCAUCAUGGGCGGGUACCUGACUUGCGACGGCACGGUGGAGCUUGCUCGUGCUCAAUGCAUUCUGGCAGGCCUGGCCAAGCAAGAAGAUGCCAUCUUCCGGAGACGCCGUGAGGUUGAGGAAAAGAAGGAGCGGAACAACAAGCGUCGCAAGGCCGAGCAAGACGCUCGCGACGCCCGCGACAACAAGCGCAGACGUAGCUCACCCGAUUACAGCAGGGGCGGCAAGAUCGACAAUCGAGCUCCAACCGGCAACAUGAAGCCUAUCGUCUUCGCCGAUGCCCCAACUGGGCACAUCGAUUAUAACAUGAUCGUGAACCGGAACAACGUCGACAAAUCGCUGGCAGCCAACAAGAGUGCUGCGGCUGCCCUGAAGGAGAAGAUGCUCGCCGCGAGCAAGGGCGCUGAGGCACCGGCGCCGGCACCGGCACCGGCACCGGCUACUAAUUCUGUCAGUGAAGCGCCGCAGACUUCCCCUGCCUCGGCGCCUUCCAAACGCAAAGCUGAGUUGAUGGAAGAAGACGCUGCUGCGUCCACGGAUUCUGGCACACCCGGCCGCAACACACCGGUUCAAGAAGCACCCAAACCCAAGUUUGAUCCUGAUAAUCCACCACCCGAUACCGUCCGCCUGUGGGAGGAAGGCUAUGCCGACCGCUAUUACGAGCAGAAGUUCCAUGUUGCUCCCGAUAACGUAGAGUUUCGUCACCAGGUUGCUCGAGCCUAUGUCGAAGGUCUAGCAUGGGUAUUGCUUUAUUACUUCCAAGGUUGUGCUUCGUGGACUUGGUACUAUCCCUAUCACUAUGCCCCCUUCGCGGCCGACUUUGUCGACUUGGAUAAAAUGAACAUCAAAUUCGACAAAGGCAAGCCUUUCCGACCUUACGAGCAGCUGAUGGGUGUCUUGCCUGCUGCCUCGAAUCAUGCCAUUCCCAAGGCGUUUCAUCCUCUGAUGACCGAGGAAGACUCUGAGAUCAUCGACUUCUAUCCUGAAGAUUUCGACCUCGACAUGAAUGGCAAGAAGCAGGAGUGGAAAGCUGUGGUGCUUUUGCCAUUCAUCGAUGAAAAGCGGCUUCUGGCAGCUAUGGACACCAAGUACCCUCUUCUUACCGAAGAUGAACGUCAGCGCAAUGAGAUCGGCAAGGAAGCUCUACUUCUUGCGGAUAGAAAUCCUCUGUACGAUUUUAUGGCAACUGAGUUCUACUCCAAGAAAGCAAAAACCGGUGUGAAGGUCAAAUUGCCAACACAGAAAGGCAAACUUGCUGGCCAUGUCAGCAAGAAUGAUGACUUCUUGCCUCACAUGGACCUGAGAGGACCCGCAGAUGAUAUUAGGUUGGAGCCAGAUGUGAACGAUGAUCGCAGCAUGAACGUCCACUACUUCAUGCCACCGGCUACGCACGUCCACAAGUCAAUGCUGUUCCCCGGUGUGCAGAUGCCAACCCCCGCUCUGGACAAGUCGGACCUCAGCAUUCUCAAGUCGAAGGCUCGCAAUUCUGGUAGAGAUUUCGGUGGUGCACCACUCUACGACAACACUCGACGCGACCCAAUGGAUCGAGAUCGGGCUCCGAGGAUCAACUACGCUGCGGAGCGAGGUCCGAAUAACUUUCCACCCCCGCCGUUUCCACCUGUGCCGCCGCCAGGUGCCAAUUCUCGAGACAACCCGUUCGCAGCAUUCUUGGACCCCAAGUUUGCACCAGGCAUGCCUCCAAGGGGAAUGGCUGUACCACCACCACCAAUUCCGCCCCCACCGCAUGCCGCUUACCCCAAUCAGGGCUAUCAAGGCGGAAGUCAGAGAUCGUAUCAAGGUGGAUACCAGGGAGGAUACCAAGGAGGAUACCAAGGAGGCCAACAGCAGGGAGGACGUCCGCAAGGCCACGGCUACUACGGACAGGGUCACCAAAACGGAGAUCGGCGAAACGGAGGUGAUUCAUACGGUGGUCAAGCAAGGAAUGGAGGAGGUAAUUACUAUGGCGGUCGGCGUUAA